AUGAAUAUAUCCAUUGCUAAUGUAACAGGAGUUCCAGAUUAUCGGGAUUCCUUCACCAAGGCUGUGAUUAAGAAUGUUAUUGUUGUGGUUCUUAGCAUUUCCAUCAACUACAUCAAUGCAGGACUCAUUCAUACUUUCUGCGGAAACCAGAUCUUCAACACAAAUCCCCGGUACAUCCUGUUUGUUCACUUGGUGAUCAAUGACAUGAUCCAAGUAACGCUGACUGUUGCGCUGUUCAUCAUUAGCUACAUCCUCUACAAGAUCCAUGUGUUUGUCUGUUGCAUCUUAAUACUGAUUGCCCUCUUCACCACUGAAAACACCCCGCUGAACCUGGCCUGCAUGGCAGUGGAGUGCUACAUCGCCAUCUGCAUCCCUCUCCGCCACGCUCAGAUCUGCACGAUCAAGAGAACGAGGGCGCUGAUUUCUUUAAUCUGGAUCACCAGCUUGGUGUCUGUUCUCCCUGAUCUCUUCAUUACCUUGGCCACGGAACCACUGGAUUAUUUUAAUACACAAGUGUUUUGCCUAAGGGAAACUGCUUUUCGAAGUCCAAGAAUCAUAGAGAGAAGAAAUAUUACCUAUAUUAUAUAUCUGGUUCUCGUUUGGUGCAUUAUUUUUUUCAUUUAUUUCCGCAUACUAUUUACGGCAAGAACAGCAAAUAGACAUGCUAAAAAGGCAAGGAACACAGUCCUCCUUCAUGGGCUUCAGCUUCUUUUGUGUAUGGCAACAUAUGCAGAACACUUGGUGAAACAGGCUGUGUUGCAAUGGCUUCCUAAGUAUUACUCAGAUUCUCUGUUUGUUUGUUAUAUAAUUUUCCAAAUAUUACCAAGAUCUAUUAGUUCACUCAUCUAUGGCAUAAGGGACAAAACCUUCAGGAAACAUCUAAAAAGGUAUUUAUUAUGUAAGGUGAACCUACAGUGA